CCUUUCUCCACUUUUCGUACACGUAGACUUAUCCUAGGUCGCUCUUUAUUUUACAAUAAUAUUACAUUUGACUAAUUAAUAAAGCUACAUGAGUAAUUUGCUAUUAUUUAUAUAUAAGGCGGAUUCCCAUUUUACUCUUAAAUUAAUUUAAUUUGCAAGGACGAGUUGUCCCUUAUUCAUAGUAACGUCCAAAAAAUUUAUAGUCGAUUUAUAGUUUUAUUUCUAUAGUUUCGGGUCGGCGCAAAACAUAAUAAAAGAAAGGUGAACAACUUUAAACGAUAUAUUUUUAAUAGUCUAUUGUUUUCAUUUAAAUACAGUAUUACUAAAAUUUGUUAAAUAAAUACAUGAUUUAAGUGAAAUUAUAAUUACGUUCGGAGAAAUUACUAAACAAAUCAUCGAAAAGAAACCAAUCAGGUUGGCCAUUUUUUUCAUACUGAAGUUAGGUAUAAAAGUGCGAUUGUUCAAUUUCGAGAAAGCGAUUUCGAGUUUAUCGCGAAGGCAUGCCUUUUCAUGUUUUGAUGUAUUAUAAUUUCUUUUGGCUAAAACAGAAUAUGAUAUUGUUAAAAUCUACGAUCUAGUAAAAUUGGUAAACAUCUGAUAUUAUUUAAUAUCAUAACUUUAUAACAAUUGUACCGCGAAAGAAGGAAUAAGAUCGUAUAAAUAUGUCAAAAGAAGAAUAUGUUCAUGGAAAUGGAGAGACUUUAGAUUGCGAGGAGUCACCUGCAAAACAAAAAUUAAGGGGAUGGCUGAAUCGACAUUUGCGAAUUAAAAUGACAGAUGGUAGAGUAUUAACGGGUGCAUUUCUCUGUACCGAUCGAGAUGCUAACGUAAUUUUGGGAUCGUGUAUAGAAUUUUUAUCCGAAGAUCACACAGAAGCAAGAGCUCUUGGAUUAGUGAUGGUACCUGGUCGACAUAUCGUGACAAUCCAUUUAGAUGUUUGAAUGAUUCUUUUUAAGAUAUCAUGUAAAUAAUGCGUUAUCAUCUUUAUUACAAUAAUAUAGUGAACUCAUGUCCCAUUAUUUCUCUAUCUUCCAUAUUAUAGAUAUCAUAUAUUUUUAUGAUAUAUAAUAAUAUAAUAAUAUAUUCUUAGAAUUUUUAUUUUCAUAGUAAUAUUGCUCUGACAAGUUGUUUAUAUUUUUCAAGGUUCUUUAGUUUUUAUUAUACAUUCCUGUUGUAUACAAAGAUAUUCUUUUUCUAGUUCUUGGUUAUUAUAUAUUUCUUUUUCUACAUUUUUAAUCGCAUCAUGUACUCUUUGACUGAGGGUAGAACAUAAGUUGUUCAUACCAUAUGUGUAACAUAUUUCAGUAGCUGAAUCAGCCAUUUUACGUACAUACUGCAUAAAACUGAUAAGUUGCUACAGAACAAAACAGUUAAAAGAACUUAUAAAAUAUGACUAUAAUUACUUGCAAAGUACUUAUUAAAUAAAUUUAAACAUCUUA